AUGGAUUUACUUCAAAAGAUAAUACACUUCAAUAUAUUUAUAUGCCCAGUUGUAAGUUCUGUAUUAGACGUCCUCCACUCCACCGGUGGAAUGAACAUGUGUAGAGAAUGUAUACACAAUCCAGAAAAAGGCCUCAUGACUAUUCCACAUUGUGUGAAGUGUUAUUGUGAUAAAGGUUGUAUGAUAUAUGGAGAUUGUUGUAUAGAUGUUGCACAGAAAUUUCAUCUUCACACAUCUGAACCAAAUCCUGAAUUUUCCUGUGUUGCUCAAAAUGAAAAUGUAUAUAGAUUUUAUGAGUUACAUAUUGAGUAUGGCUACUACAUGACAACUAGUUACCAACAAGGUACAAAUAGAAAAAAAUGUAAUAAAAGAAUUGAACCUGUCACAUCAAACAUUACAGGAAGAACAUACAGUAAUAUUGAAUGUGCCAUCAAAAACAAUGAACGGUAUCUCAUACCUUGGACUUUACGUUCAGAUCAAAUGGCAACAAUUAUCUACCCUCCUGAUAACAUAUCCUUGAGAGUCUGUGAUUAUUUAAGAUCUAUUGUACCCAUUUCUAAUUGUUCUGAAGGGUCACAAACGGAUCAAGAUUCAUGUGAUUCGUAUUACUACCCUGUAUAUGAUGAUGUGGGUAAUGUCUAUCAGAAUAUAUAUUGUUAUAUGUGUAAUGGUGGUGCUGUAUCUUCAGUAAAGAGUGAAGGGUAUAACCCAUUAAGAGCUCUAACGAGAUUCUCAGAAACAUUUUCUCCAGAUAACAAAAUAUUGAAAUGUAUUCAAGAUGAAGAGUGGAUGGAUACUAUAGCAUUAAAAUGUAGAAGAAUUUUAUGUUUUGAAGAUGCCAAGAUAGUAAAUAAAACCUGUCCAGUUUCCACGAUAGAUAGUAAUAUGAAGUAUUUUAUCAUCAACAUACGAUUAAUGAUUCUUAAAGGACCACUGAAUAUAGCAGAUCAGCUAUGGGAUCAAAUUAUUGGAAAUUCAUUCUCGUAUGUAUCCCAGGGUCUUCAUUCUAAGAAUUAUUCAUUACGUGUUUCAACACCAAGUAGGCAAUUAUACUGGAACGGUUGGGCGAAUGAAAAUUUAAAAUUCCUUAAUGUCAGAUGUUGGUUUCAAGUGAGCCAAUCGGUAGAACUAUUCCAACUACAAAGGGAUAUUGAUAAAUUUGUGAAGGUAACUGAAUAUAUUGGUGGUGUUGAUAUUGGUUAUUCAUAUGUUAAUAAUCUGCCUAAAAAUAUCAGUUUUGAACGAUUCUACCAGCUUGAUAGCAAUGUAGACCUCUGUUGCAUAGAACUUGCAACAGCUUCACCGGUUACUGAAGAUAAAUAUACAUUCAUCAGUGAACAAUUAAUGUGUCCCUAUAUUCAUUUCGAAUCAUCUGAAUAUGUAGUGGACUACCUUACAGCGUAUAUUCCUCACCUUAAUAUCUCUCUAGAGUCAAACCAAUAUCAUGUUAAUUUUCAACAGAAACUUGUUGUAUGUGUCAAUGAUAUCAUUGUAAAACUAGAUACAGAAUUCCUGAAUAACAGUUUGUUGUAUAUUGUUGAAGAAGAGAAACUAGAAGAUCUGUUAUCUUGGUAUUUAAAUGUUGCUUGUAUAACAUCAUCACUUGUUUGUCUUGCUAUAUCCUUUAUGACCUUCUUAUCCAAACCUGAACUUCGGACGUUGCCUGGUAAAACUAACAUGAUUUUGAUUGCAUCAUUAUUUUUAGCCCAGUUUACGUUAAUUAGUGGUAUAAGUAUUAAAAAUCCAACAUAA